AUGUUGAACAAACAACAUGUUAAUAUCUCAGCUUUCAUUGAAAAGUGCAGCGAAGAAUUUGCCGCGCUGAAAGGGAAAACAAACUAUGUAGAGUGCAAUUUAAAAGGUAUAAAAAAUCGUAACGACUGUAAUAAUGAAAAUUUGAAAUUGAAUACAGCUGCAAAUAAUGAUUUGAUGCAAAAACCAAUUUUAUGGUCUGAUGCAGUUAAAAUACCAGCUGAGGUAAAUGUGCUGCCACUUACAGAUAAAAUACCAGUUGAGGUAGAUGCAUCACCAUUCACUGUUGUAAACAGACCGAGGAAAAACCAAAACAAAAGUAUUCCUGAAAUGAAGAGUGAUGAAAAUAUCGUUAACACCGAAACUGGAAAAAAGAAAAAAGGUGUCAAAAAGAUAAUUGGAAACAAAGAUAGUGAAGAUUGUAAACUGAAGGCGAAUAAGAUUUUGAUUAAAAAAUCUUUCUUUUCAGUAAGUAACGUGAUGAAUGUUGAAGCGUUCAGAAAUGGCAAACGAUAG